AUGGGCAACCUCCUCAGCGCGAGUACGAGCCCGUACGAGACGGAUCCGGGGACGCUGGACGGGGCGACGUUCGAUUAUAUCGUGAUCGGCGGAGGCACGGCGGGGUGCGUGGUCGCGAGCAGGCUGUCGGAGGACCCGCGCGUGCGCGUCUUGCUCGUCGAGGCGGGCGGAAGACACGACACCGAGCUGUUCACGAAGAUCCCGAUAGCGUUUGCGAAGCUGUUCAAGACCAAAGCGGACUGGGCGUACCACACCGUCCCCCAGCCGCACCUGCGCUCGCGCGCGCUCUUCUGGCCGCGCGCGAAGAUCCUCGGCGGGUGCUCCUCCAUGAACGCCAUGAUGUACCAGCACUGCUCCCCCUCCGACUUUGACCGCUGGCCGCGCGGGUGGCGCUACCAAGACUUCUCCCCGUACUUCCGCAAGGCGGAGCGGUUCACGCCGCACGUCCUCUACCCCGAGGUGAGGCUCGACGAGCGCGGGGAUAAGGGAUUAUGGCAGACGUCGUAUAGCUACCUCGCGCCCGUGUGCGGGGCGUUCAUCGAGGCCGCGAAGCAGGUCGGGUUGGCGUACAAUCCGGAUAUCAACACGCCGCGGGGGAGCCUCGGGGUGACAAAGUUCGUCACGUCGAUUGACGCGCAGGGAAGGCGCAGCUCGAGCGCGACCGCGUAUUUGUCCGAUGAGGUGCUCGCGCGGGAGAACCUCACCGUUCUCAUCAACACGACCACGACCCGCGUACUCUUUUCGUCAGACGCAGAGUCGGGCGAGGAACCGAGGGCGGUGGGCGUCGAGGUAGCCAGGGACGCUGGCUCCCCGCGGUUCCGGAUGGUGGCCCGCAGAGAGGUGAUUCUCUCCGCGGGCACGACCAACACCCCGCACCUGCUCAACCUCUCCGGCAUCGGCGCGCGCGACGAGCUCGCGCCGCUCGGGAUCGAGGUCGUCAAGCACCUCCCCGCGGUCGGGAAGAACCUGACGGAUCAUCUUGUCACGGGCGCGAUUACGUUCCGCGCAAGGAAGGGCGUGAGCUUGGAUUAUCUCUCGCACCCCGUGAAGUCGCUCCCCGCGCUCGCGCGGUGGUUCCUCACCGGUACGGGGCCGGCUACGUCGAACGUCGGCGAGGUCGCCGCGUUCUUCCGCGCGGACGACCGCGCGCUGCACGCAUCGGACGAGGAGCUCAUCGACAACACCUCCGGCCCCCGCGCGCCCGACGUCGAGCUGAUGUCCGGCCCGCUCGCGUUCCUGCAGCACGGGUUCCGCAGCGCGCCGCCCGGGGCGGAGUGCUACACCAUCCUCCCCGCGCUCCUCAGGCCGCUGUCGAGCGGGCGGGUGCGCCUGGCGGGCGCGGCGCCGUUCGCCGCGCCCGCGAUCGACCCGGGCUACCUGGCGCACCCGAACGAUAUCAAGGUCCUCGCGCGCGGCGUGCGGCUCGCGCUGCGCAUCGCGCGCGCGCCGGCUUUGCAGGCGUUCCUCGACCUCCGGCCCGCCGCUGCGCACGCCGGCCUCGACAGAACCGACCUGUUUUACCCGGGGGACGCGGACCCGGAGAGGAUUAGCGAUGCGGAGAUCGAGGAGUGGAUCAGGGGGAACGCGGAGACGCUGUAUCAUUGCGUGGGGACGGCGCGCAUGGGCGAGGGGGAGGAGGGGAGCGUGGUGGAUGCGGCGCUGCGGGUGCAUGGUGUGCAGGGCUUGAGGGUGGUGGAUGCAUCGGUGUUUCCCGAGCCGACGUCGGGGCAUCCGGCUGCGACGGUUGUGGCGGUGGCGGAAAAGGCGGCGGAGAUGAUUAGGGACGAGUGGAGAUUCAGAUGUUCAGAAGACUCGUAACGACGGUGAGGGCUGUUGUAGGGUAGUGAAGGGAGCUGUGGUGGUAUAUUUGCCAGGCGAUCCAUCUUUUAUUCGAGUACUUUUCACGAUUUCUUCAUUGCGGAAGACGCGGCGAAUGCCACAAAUUCUGACAUAUGCCAAAUUCGG